UCCUGUCAUGGCAAGGCUCGGGCUGCUUCUCCUCCUGCUGCUGGCCCUGCCACCACAGUCCUUCUCAGUGUCAUGGCCAGACACUGCACAGGGCACCAUGGCAGGCUUGAUCCUGACUGCAUUAGAAAAAGCCACCUUGUUCCUGGAGGACAGGCUGCCCACAAUCAACCUGGAUGGUGUGGUGGGCUUCCAAGUGCUGGAAGUGCAACUCCGAGGAGUUCAGGAAAAAUGGGCUCACAAGCCCUUGCUGCAGCCUCUCAGCAUGCGUGCUGGACAGAUGGCCAACACACUGUCUGCUCUCCUCCAAAAAUCCAUCUUCUACCUCAAGGAGAGUGACCCCACGUACCUAAGAGAGUUCCAGCCAAGCAUUCAGCCUGGGUUUUGGAAGUUGCCCAAUGACUGGACACGCACCAAUGCCUCCCUGGUCUACCCUUGGCUGGAUCCCCUGGACUCUUUCUCAGAGGAAAGCAGCGAUGUGUGCCUGGUGCAACUACUAGGAACAGGGACAGCCAGCAGCCAGCCUUGCAGGCUCUCCAACUUCUGCAGAACCCUUAUGACCAAGGCCGGCUGCUCAGGCUACAGCCUCUCCCAUCAGCUGCUCUUCUUCCUCUGGGCCAGAAUGUUAGGGUGCACAGAGGGACUGUUCCUCCAGAGCCAGCACUACAUGGACAUCUUCUGUGCCAAUAUGAUGGAACUGAACCACAGAGCUGAGGCCAUUGGAUAUGCCUACCCCACCCAAGACCUCUUCAUGGAAAACAUUAUGUUCUGUGGUAUGGCUGGCUUCUCUGACUUCUACAAGCUGCGCUGGCUGGAGGCCAUUCUCAGCUGGCAGAACCCCCAGGUGGGAUGCUUCGGGAGGCCUGACACAAAGGGUGAACCUUCUGGAGUUCCACAUCAGCAGGGCAUUCUGAGAAGAGUGCGAAGGCGGGAAAAACUGUUCGCAGAUGGCUGUUCGUGCCACAACACAGCCACGGCAGUCGCAGCCCUGGGUGGCUUUCUCUACAUCCUGGCGGAAUACCACCCAGACAAUGGAGAUGCAUAUUCAUCCCCACAGACACCAGCAAGCAACCACCAAGAUGGCGCUGCCGGCCCUGACGUCCAGAGGAUUGGCAGGCCCCUUAGCGUUUCUUAAGUCCUGGGGUCAGAGGUCACAGGCCGAGGAGGCAAUUGAGGAAAGUGACCAGCUAUAUCCCCAUCGCCACUUCUGGGUGUUUAAAAGUCUUGGGAGAGCAGGGCCAGGGAAGGCAGGGUUGGAGAGUGGGGUGGACCAGAUGUCAGCAGAAUACAUAAAGCACAGUCAAUUGGAGCUGAGUCUUUUGUCUCUUGUGUACAUG